AGCAUCUUGAGGAAGACCAUUAUAUCCACUGAUCGGCUGGCCGCGACGCCUACCCCAAGGAGCAUCGCUAUUUUGCUGCCUUCGCUCCAGCAAACUCUGUCGCUCCAGGCUUUAUAUCGCGGGAGGACCCUGAUCUAAGCCUAUUAUCACCAAGUUUUGGUCUAACAAGACCCUUAACCCUCAUCUGAUUAUCUUCCUACACAACUCAUACAACCAUCGCCCUAUACAGGGCACUCAGUACACCAAACAUCAAUCACAUCGCCCAACAUGGGCUUCGGCGGCGUUCUUCUCCGCGGUUCCAACCUCUCUAUUCGUAUUCUCCAGUUUCUCGACUCAGCUGUCAUUCUCGGCAUCUUCUCCUACUUCCUUGCCGUCCUUGCCCGACAUGACCAGAACAUCCCACGCUGGAUCAAAGCCACCGAGGGUCUCUCCGGUGCGGCCACCCUCUACGGCAUCCUUGGGAUCCUCUUCACCUGCUGUCUCGGCGGUGUCGCCUUUUUUGCAUUCCUUGCCAUUGUCCUCGAUGUCUGCUUCAUCGGGGCCAUGAUCGCCAUUGCCAUCAUGACCCGGCACGGCACCCAAAGCUGCUCGGGUAGUGUGACCACCCCCCUUGGAACGGGGAAUAGCAGCGAUGACUCGCCGUCUGGUACAAGCUACCACUAUGCGUGCAAGCUGCAGAAAGCCUCUUUUGCAGUGUCGAUUAUUGGAAUCUUUCUCUUCCUAAUCUCCAUCCUCCUGCAAAUUCUCUACGCCCGACACCACAAACGCGAGAAGCGUUUCGGUCCCUCCCCCGCAAAUGGCUACACCUCCGGCACCACCCGGGGUUUCGCCUUCUGGAGAAGAAACAAGAACAACCCUGAAACUGCCAGUGCGGAUGACAUGCUUCCUACGCAUCCGGCGCCCCGGGAUGUGGAGCUGGGAACGACAGGGGUAGCGACGUCUGAGAAAGAAGACGGGAUGAAUGGUGCCAAUACUGGUGCUACCCCGGGUGGGGGGUAUUUCCCCUGGAGGGGAAAUGCGAAUAAUGGCACAGCUACGGCGGGGCAGAAUGGGACCUAUGGGUAUGGAAAUUCGGCAUAUACGGGGAAUUAUUGAGUGAUGCGGAUGCAAGGGGUAGGGACGGAAUGACGGGUGAUUGACUUCAGUGCGGAGUGCUGGAGAAUGGAUGAAUGAUGAAUGACUCUACAACUUAAGAUACCAUGGUAUGGAUUGCUUGAUGGGUUUGGUUUAGUAUAUUUCAUUUUAUUAGGUAUAUAUGAUUUGCUUCUUGUGUGUAUUAAUAUCUUGUGUUUUGUGAAUCUUCUAUUCUGCUUAUUGUUGUUGCCUAGGGGUGUGUCACGAGGAGAUGCUGGUAUGACAUGCUCCACAACUACAGUAUUUGUCACCGCUUGUCCGAUUAUUCAUGUUAGUUCCAAUAUACAAGAAAUGAGAACGUAAGAAC